UGAAAAUGAUAAAUCAACAAUUACUAAUCUUUUUGUACUGUUAAAAAAUAUCAUUACAUUCAGAUUCAUCUGUGAUUUUUUGAAAGUUUUUACGUUUAAGUGUAUUAAAAGUUAUUGCCAGUAGUCAUGGCUAUGUUAACGUUAUGUGGACUUGCAGAAGACACAAUGUUCAAAAACAAGUGUGAACAAGAAGAAAAAGAAGCUUUUGAUUCGUUUCAGGAUAAUAACACAGUCAACCAAAUGAAUCUCUAUACACUCCCAGGAAAUCCGGUCGAAAAUAUGCGUUUGAUAACAGCUCGUGAUACGAUGGGUCGUCCAGUAGAAUUAAAUUUCCAUCAUGGUACUACUACUCUUGGGUUCUUAUACCAAGGCGGCAUUGUAUUGGCUGUAGACUCUCGAGCUACCGGUGGACAAUAUAUUGGAUCACAGUGCAUGAAAAAAAUUGUUGAGAUCAACGAUUUCAUGUUAGGAACAUUAGCCGGUGGAGCAGCUGACUGUGUAUAUUGGGAUCGUGUCCUUUCUAAACAAUGCAGAUUACACGAACUAAGAAAUAAAGAGCGUAUAAGUGUUACAGCUGCUUCGAAAAUUAUGUCGAAUAUGAUAUAUUAUUAUAAAGGUUAUGGACUAUCAAUUGGUAUGAUGUUAGCUGGUUAUGAUAAAAAUGGUCCGUCUUUGUUCUAUAUUGACAAUGAUGGUUCUAGGACACCUGGUAAAGUAUUUUCCGUAGGUUCUGGAUCAAUUUAUGCGUUUGGUGUUUUGGAUGCCGGUUAUAAAUGGGACCUUACUGACGAAGAAGCCCAAAAGCUCGGGCAACGAGCUAUUUUCCACGCAACUCACAGAGAUGCUUACAGUGGUGGUAUUGUUAGAGUCUAUCAUAUUACCAAAGAUGGUUGGAAACAUAUUAAAAAUGAAGAUUGUGAUGAGAUAUACGACAGAAUACAAAAUGAACCUAAAUAAAUGAUAAUUAUCAUUAUGUAAAAAAUCAUAAAUAUUUUAAUUCUAAGCUCUGGAUUUUGUACGUUUUAAAUCAUAAUAUAUACCUAUUAAAAAAUCCAAAAAAACUUACUAUAAUAAAAAUGUUUAAAAUAUCUGUAAGUAAGCUAAUUAUUUCAUUUAUAAAAAAAAAUGAAUUUAUUUUAGCUUUAAUGUUUAAUAAUUGGAUUUGUUGUGAGUUAAUAUUUAGAUUGGAAUUAAAAAAAUAAAGGCUCAGUUACAUUGAUUAAAUAUGUAUUUUAUAAUGAAUAUUUUAUACAUAAUAAUAUAUAUUUAAUUUAUAGUA